CCAUGGCUUUUUAAUUGUUUGUGAUUUUGAAGAAGACAAAUUUCAAUUGAGUUGGUUUGGAAUCCGUUGACAUAAUAGGAAUUUAGAAACUUGUGGUUUAGAUGAGGAUUGAUUACACAGAACGGAUGCCUCAAUCCUAUAAGAUGCACUCUUCCAUGUGCUUAGAAUUGAAGAAGUUAGUUGAUAGAAUCAUGAGAAUCUUUCCUGAUAUAGAAGAUGCUCGACCAGGAUGCUCCUCAGGGAUACAGACUCUUUGUUUACUCCACAUAGCUUUGGAUAGAGCUAAGCAGCUUCUUCAAUAUUGCAGUGAAUCCAGUAAACUCUACAUGGCAGUAACAGGAGAUGCUAUACUCUCAAGAGGUUCUAGAGCCAAAAAAUCAUUAGAGCAAUGCUUAAACGACAUUCGAAGUAUGGUACCGACUAUUUUGGAUACCAAGAUAUCUCAGAUAGUCCAAGACCUUAGAUCAACUGUGUUUACUGUAGAAUUCUCUGAAGAAGAAGCUGGGAAAACUAUUAGAGAAUUGAUGCGACCCAGCACUUCUUCCUCUGUUUCUCCUGAUGAGAUCAGAGAUUUCCAUUUUGCAGCAUUAAAACUCCAACUUUCAACACCUGAAGCCAUUGUGACAGAGAGAACAUCUUUAAGGUUGCUUUUGGCGAAAUUAGGAGAGGGUGACGUGGACAAGAAACAGAUUUUGAAGAAACAGAUUUUGAAGUAUCUUCUCUAUCUCCUGAAAAAGCAUGAAAGAAUCAUUUGUGCAGAUCACAAAGAGAAUUCUCUUUCACAUCAUCACUCCAUCGAUGAUUCUCUGCGUGCUAAUGCUGCGGAAGCUGAGGGUUCUGAGGAACACAAUGGUAUACUUCCCGAGCAAUUUAAAUGCCCGCUUUCUCUUACCGUGAUGUAUGAUCCAGUCAUCAUUUCCUCAGGCCACACUUUUGAGAGGAUGCGGAUUCAGAAUUGGUUCGAUGAAGGUAAUGAUUCUUGUCCUAUAUCAAGAAGCAAACUGGAUGACUUCGCAUUGGAGCCUAAUGUAGCGCUUAAGAUUCAGAUAUCAAAAUGGUGCGCGAAGAACGGUCUUCAUGUUCAAGAUCCAGUGACAAAGCACACAGAGGCUUCCAACAAUAUAGACUUCUCUGUUUCCAUCGCUAGUUUUGGAAGUUCUCUGUACAAUAUCCCAGAUCACAGCGGCAUUUCGAUUACGGAUUUAAACUCGAACUAUUCCAUUGAUUCGUCAUCCUACUCUAAGAUGUCAAAGGGUGGUUACUUCAUUCCAAUGCAGAGGAUAGAUUCUGCUUCUGGCGCUGGUGAAGGUGACACAGAUUCUAGUCACAGCGAGAUUGAGAUAGAUCCCUUGUGUGGACUCACUAACCUUCCAUGGGAUGCGCAGAUCAAGGUCAUCGAAGAUGUAAGAAGUCGUUUUGAACACAGUACUCGGGCUUUUCGGUCUAUGCCACCGAGUAAAUUUCUUGAACCACUUAUCACAUAUCUGAAGAAUGCUCUCGAAAGAAAUGGCACCGCGGGAGACAUAAUAAAGGGUGGACUGGAUUUGUUGCUGGCUUUCCUUAGUGGAAAUAGGAGGGCUAUAGAAUAUUUGGAAGAAGAGGUUUUCAAAAUGUUCUCAGUCUUUCUCGAGUCUGAGGUAGUAGCUGAAGAAGCUUUGAACAUACUUGAGGUUCUCUCCAACCAUCCGAACGGUCCCUCCAAGAUAACUUCAUCAGGCUCUCUUUCUUCCCUUUUGAGGAUCGUAGAGUCUCAAGCAGAACAUCUCCAAGAACAAGCUAUGAUCACACUCAAGAAUCUUUCAUCAAGCAUUGAAAUUUGUCCGGAAAUGGUAUCUCUGGAUUUCAUCCAGAAGCUCACAUCUUUCUUGCAACAAAAAGUUUUCUGCAAACACUCGAUUAUCAUUCUGAAAAACCUCUGCAGCACCGAGAAAGGUCGGGUUUAUAUCACCGAAACCCCGGAUUGUUUAGCUUCCAUAGCUGAAUUACUCGAUUCAAAUGUUCCCGAGGAGCAAGAGAAUGCAAUCUACACCCUCCUUCAGCUCUGUACGCAGAAGAUAGAGUAUUGCUGUCUUGUCGUGAGAGAAGCAACUGAUAUUUACUCAUCUCUAAUCUUGAUAACCAAAAAUGGAACAGAGGAAGCAAAAGGGGGUGCAUCGGAAUUGCUUAGAGCUCUUGAAGAAGUAGAUUCCGACAGAGAAGAAGAAUCCUCCAGACCAGAAGAAAAAACAACUGCUUCGACUACUUCACAGGUUGUUACUCCAGUUACUCAUCAAGAACCUAUUAAAAUAACACCAUCCCCAAAGAAAUCUGGUCGUUUUGGAUUCAGUUUCUCCAGUCUCAUGAAGAAGAAGAAAUAGAUAGAAGCAUAAGAGUCAUUAGGCUGGUUUUAACUUAAUUUUUGAGAAAAAAUUUUAAUUUCUUUUGGUUCUCUGUUUGUUGGCUUAGGUUUGUAUAUGUUGAUACCAGGCCAAAAGGCCUUCAUUAAUACAAGUGUAAUUGUAAU